AUGGUGGUGCCUGCCACGGAUAACGGAACCGUCUCAGAAGCAUUUUCAAUAACCAACUCAGUGAGGCAGGACUACAUAUCAACCCUAACCCUCUUCAACAUCGUGUUCUCUGCCAUUCUGAUAAACGCCUACCGUGAUGAGCGUCCCGGGACACGCAUCGUCUACAAUACCGACAGGCAUUUUCGCAACUGCCGGCGUAUUCAGGCCUCAACGCGUCUCUUCGUGACUACUGUCCGAGACCUGCUCUUCGCUGAUGACCACGCACUCACCCCCGAGACGUAA